AUGAGCGCGGCGCGCGCGCCGGAGCCCCGCGACCCACCGCGCCACCACCGCCAACACCCACAGGGUGGCGGCGAGGUGCGGGCGGGGCGCAGCAAGCGGCCCUCGGCGUCGUCGACCGGGUCCCUCGGCCGGGGCGCGCUGUCCGACCCUGAUCUCCAGAGCCGUCUGCAGCCCAACCUCCCAGCGUUCUGGGAAUCAUCGCCAACAUUGACGCUUUUUUCGUCAAAGGGCUCAGCAGAUUCAAACUAUUCCCAACCAUCGUCGGAGCUGUCGCUUGACGAAGACAAGGAGGCGCUGCGCCGCGAGAAGGAAGCGCAGGCUAUCAAACAGCUGGACAAGGCACGGGAGAAGCCAGUGGCGUUCGCGGUGCGCACCAAUGUGUCGUACGAUGGCACCGUGGACGACGACUCGCCGGUACACGGCAGCGCAAUCUCCUUCGAGGUGCGCGAUUUUCUCCACAUCAAGGAGAAGUACGACAACAACUGGUGGAUCGGGCGCCUCGUGAAGGAGGGUAGCGACGUGGGCUUCAUCCCGUCGCCGGUGAAGUUGGAGGCAGUGCGGUCGGGGCUGGGCGCCAGGGGGCGCUACCCGCGGCCGGCGUCCGCGGCGCCGCACCAGCAACACGCGCCGCCCCUCUCCAGAGGUAGCACCCCCCCCACGCCCGAUGUGCCAUCGUUCGAUCGAGGCGAGGAGUCGGACGGCGCGGGGCGCGGGCGGGGCGCGGGCGCGGCGGGGGGGAAGGAGAAGCGCAAGCCGUUCUUCAAGAAGGCGGAGGCGAGCACUCCGUACGACGUGGUGCCCUCCAUGCGCCCCGUCGUCAUCGUGGGGCCCAGUCUCAAGGGCUACGAGGUCACCGACAUGAUGCAGAAAGCUUUAUUUGAUUUUCUCAAAAGACGCUUUGAAGGCAGGAUAAUAAUAACGCGCGUGAUGGCCGACAUAUCUCUCGCGAAGCGUUCUCUGCUCAACAACCCGUCGAAACGUGCCAUCAUGGAGCGUUCCAACUCGCGGUCCACUUGCCUCGCUGAAGUGCAGGCGGAAAUCGAGAGGAUAUUUGAGUUGGCUCGCACACUGCAGCUUGUGGUGUUGGACUGUGACACCAUCAACCACCCCUCGCAACUCGCCAAGACUUCGCUGGCUCCCACCAUCGUGUACCUGAAGAUAUCCAGUCCCAAGGUGCUACAGCGACUGAUAAAAUCUCGUGGCAAGGGUCAGACGAAGAACCUGUCCGUUCAGAUGGUGGCAGCGGAGAAGCUGGCGCAGUGUCCGCCGGACAUGUUCGACGUCAUACUGGACGAGAACCAGCUCGAGGAUGCUUGUGAACAUAUUGCUGAGUAUUUAGAGGCGGCAGGUCCCGCGCGGCGCGGCCGGAGCGGCUGGAGGAGGACUACUACCCGCGCGGCGGCGAGCGGUACGAGCGCAGCUACCCGCGCGAGUACCACGACUACGGCCCCGAGUACACGCGCGAGCGCGCGCCGCCGCAGCACGCGGCCGCCGCACACGACGCGUAUGGCCACGACUACACGCGCGACUACGCACGCGAUGCCUACGCGAGGGAAGAGUAUGGGCGCGAGUACGCGCGCGACGAGCGGCGCCGCGACCGCGACCCACCAGACGACUACGGGCCGUCCCGCCGCGCGCUUAACGCUGUGUAACCGCGCCGCACCGCGCCCCGUGCCGUGCGACUGCCGCGCCGCACUGCCGCGCCGUGCCACGCUGUGCCACAUAGUGCCACACUGAGCCACAUCGUACUACUUGGUAGCAGUGGCGUCACAGCGUGCCGCAGUGCCGCGCGUCACGCCGCACGGUGCAGGUCGCCGUGCCGCGUCUCGCCGCGCCGCCGCUUCUCGCGGCGAUUGUAUAAAUUUUACAUACUGAAGAGGGAGCUAAGUUUAGUACCGUUAGAUAUUAUCCGUUUCCCAUUUUUUGAACAUACUCUGUAAUUAUAUUGCAUCGUCUGUACUUCAUUGUUGCAAUCAUUUGUAAAUAAAAUACUUUAUAUCGA